GGCGGGAAAGUGUGCCGUAACCAUGGUGAUGCUGACGUGUCUUGUCGUCCUUCUGACGGACCAGAACGGUGUGUCGUCUGCACCAGCGGAACCUGAAUCCGACGCAAAUCUACAGGGUGAUGAAAGGUAUUCCCAACUCGAGGCCAAAUUGAAGAGUCUAAUGAAAACAAUGACUUAUUUCAAGGCUAAGCAAGGUGACCUUAACACACGAGUUCUGAGCGUUGAGACUAACCAGAAAAAGAUCAGAGAAGAAAACUCGAAGGAGAGAGAAGCCUUUCUAGAACGACUGGAUAAGUUAAAAACUUCUGUGCAGUCGGACAUGGAUUCCGAAAUUCGAGCUCUAGUGGAGAGACAAGACAAGCUGGAAUCGGCACUUACUGCUACCAAUGAGAGCUUGGAGGACUUUACGAAAGGCAUCGGGGAAGACAUGGUGGUAUUUGCGAGCAUGGAUUCCAGGAUUCGGACUCUAGAAGAAGGACAGAACAACUUGACGACAGCCCUCGCUGCUACCAACGACAGUUUGGAGGCUUUUGAGAAAGGCACCAGACAAGAUAUGAUGGUCUUUAUGAGCACUCUAGAAGAAGGUCAAGAAAAGUUGGAGUCGGCACUCACUGCUACCAACUACAGCUUUGAGACUGCCCUCAGUUCUGCAAAUGAAAACUUGGAGAUUGCACUCACCGCUUCCAACAUGAACUUGGAGACUGCUCUCGCUACUUUCAACGAGACGUUGGAGUCUGCUCUCACGGUUUCCGACAUAAAGUUGGAGGCUGCACUCACUAUGUUCAACGAGACCUCCGAGGUGCUGGGAAUGGUGGAACCGAUGUUUGCGAGAGUCGAAAGUUUGGAGAACAAGGUGGCCAACGACACACAGCUGAUCGCGAAGUGUGUUCCAUGUACAGCAACUUCUAUUUCCACAUGGCUUAUGGCGGAAAUUAUGAGCACCGUGGAGAGUCUAUUAGAAGAGUCAAGUGGAUCACAGGGAGAGUCAAACGGAACAAAAGCAGGGUCAAGCGGAGAACAGGCAGUGUCAAGCGGAGAACAGGCAGUGUCAAGCGGGGAACAAGAAGAGUCAAGCGAAGAACAAGAAGAGUCAAGCGAAGAACAAGACGUGACAAGUGGGGGAGAGGAAGAGCCAAGUCCAGUCAGAGGUACACUUGUCGGUAGGGAAGUCUAUAACUGUAACGACACCAAUGGUCAAUAUCAGCCUUUGUGGAUGGUGGACCUGGCAGGUAACUACACAGUCAGCCGUGUCAGCAUUCUGAAUAGGAAGGAAUGCUGUGAAGGUCUCAAGGCGUGGCGUGACGAUGGCCGCUGCGGGUACGGGACCCUUGCGGAGAACGGCCGCCCUGCCGAAUGCUACCCUCACGGUGUGUACCCGUGCUGCUCCGACUCUGGCUGGUGUGGCUACACCCUAAACCACUGUUACUGUUCCGGUUGUGUCGACUACAGGAACACAGUGUCAGUACCCACUGAGGAAUGUGAGGUGGAAUAUAACGAGAGGCAAGAGUGCGGCUGGUUUGGCGUUACUCAUGCGGAGUGCGCUGAACAAGGGUGCUGCUUCGAUACUUUAGCUUAUUUCUAUGGUGGACCGUCGUGCUUUUACGUGAAAGGAUGGCUGACACAGGAUCCGUCCUGGGUUGUGGACUCCUCCGGUACGCCUUGGAACGGAGGGACACAUGAUGUCACAGACGCUUUUGAUGGGAACAUUGGAACGUACUGGGACCCCCAAGGUACCGAACAACACCACAACAACUGGUACAUUAUACUGGACCUGCGAGCGUCCGAAACUCUCACUCGCAUUGCAGUCAACAACUACGGAGACACCACACAUGAUAUUGAAUCCUUCACGUUGCAAAAGUCGGCCGUUGGAAGCCCGUACAGUUGGGAGGACGUCGCGUCGGUCGAUGCCGUGGAGGCAGGGACGAUGGAACGACAGGAGUUCGGCGGGUUCCAGGGUACAGCGCGGUACUGGAGGUUCCUCGUCACUCGGACCCACUCGGGCUGGCAGCCGUCACUCACCGAACUCAACCUCUACAAAAUCCCAUCAAUCAAGCGAGAAGAAAACUUAAUUGUGCGAGUCGGCCCGAGCGAGAUAUCCGACCAGAAUGAGCAGUGCGGAGAGACUUACGUGGACACUCCACUAGACGGACAGACCUUUGUGGUGUACUGCAACCCGCCGAUGUCCGGUCGCUAUGUGUCCGUACAGCAGUUAGUGGAGCGGUCAGACGUUGUAAAACUGUGUGAGGUGGAGGUCUACGGUACCGGUUAGAACUGUGUGAGGUGAAGCUCUACGGCCCCGGUUAGAACUGUGUGAGGUUGAGGUAACGGCACCGGUUAGAACUAUGUGAGGUGUGGCUCUACGGUACCGGUUAGAACUGUGUGAGGUGGAGGUCUACGGUACCGGUUAAAAGAUGCAACUUGUACAUAGCUUCUGGCAUUCAGUAGAAAAUUAUGUGGCAUUUUUACGUCAUUCAAAUUGGAAACUGUUUUACAUGGCACUAUCACCAUGCGUGUCUUUCCACAUUUGCCUGUCGAGGUUUAAGAUAUAAUUUCAUAUGUAGAGUGCGUUCUAGGGUAACCAUGCUACAUGUAUAUA